CGAAAGCGCCCUGACUGUUAUUAAUUAAUUGGAUUAUUUAUAUUAAUAUUUUGAUAAGAGUUUUCUUUCGCAAUUCGUCUUUUAUCAAUUUAUGUAAUUUUCAGGAUAUAACUAUGGCAUCAGUGGAGGAACGUCUUAAUAAGCUCAGGGAAGACCGGGUUGCCAGAGAAAAAGCUAGGAUUGAAAAGUUGCGGGAACUCAACUUAAAGAAAUAUGGCAAAAAUGAUUUCCAUUUGCCGAAAAACUCUUCGACUGUUUCCCUUCCUGUCAAGUCUAAAUCUGAUACCAGCGGUGUUACUAAAAGUACAGUGAAUCAUGUUAAAAAUAAUAUACAAUUGAAUGGCCUGAAAAGACCAACUUCAAUACCGACUUUGAAGAAACUUCCACCAAAAGAUCCAAAUAAUGGCAAAAAUGUUCAGAGCAACAAUACCAAAGCUUAUAGUAAAAUUUCUAACCAAGCGAAUAAUAAUAUUGGAAAAGAUAAAAUGACAAAUGGGUCGAAAGUUGAUACCAAAUGUCCAAAAGCAGUUAACAUUAACGGCAAAGAUGUUAAGAUUGAUAAGCCAUUGAAAGAAAUAACUCCAGAAGUAAAUAUAAAACACUUCAAUGAAAUUUGUCAUAAAAAUCCCAAAAUAACAAUAACAGAAGUAAAAGACAUUAACAAAAGUGUCAACAAUAAAGCUAAUCCUAAAAACGAUUUAAAAUCUCGUAAGAGCCUCGCUGUGUCGAAAAUCGACAACAAAUCUAGAAACUUCAAUAAAAGAAAAAGUAUGCAGCCAAGUCAAAUGGCAAAUGGCAACGGGAAAAGGGAAUCAGUUUUUGAUAGACUUUAUAAACCAAAAAUGGUUGCACCAAAGCAAACUAUAGACAAUGCUCUUAAACUACGUACAGAUCCUGAUUAUUUGAAGAAAGUUAUAAAUGAUUCUAGAUUAAUUAUGAACAAGAGGCAUACUGUCUUUGAAACGAAGCCUAGUAUGCCAGUACGUAGAUCGAUAUCAGCAGUACAUUUAAAGAAAAUUAGCAGAAAAGAACUGGGUAAUUGCUUUCACAAAUGGGCGUCGAUUGGAGAGAAGAUAGAUAAAGUACAUCUCAAGGAUGUCAAUGAAGACGAUUGUAUUAAAAGCGAAAAAGUAAUAUCGGCUGUUAAAAGUGAACGGAAAAAGGUUAAAUUUCAAACGCCUGUCCCUUACAAUUUUAACACACCAAAACCAGAAGAACUGCAGUCUAAAUUGCGAAAUUGGUUAAAGAAACGCGGGAAAGCCAUAGAUUCAUAUCACCAUUUGCAAUGUUUCGGCUUACACAAUCUGUCAAGGGAUAUUAGACCUUUAAAUAUAGAUACACCCAAGUUUGAAGAAUAUGAUGAUGAGGAUAAAGAAAACAUUGCCCUGGAUCAUGAUAGUGAUAAUGAAUCAUAUUUGGAAAAUAUGAACAACCAAAAUGGGGAGGUAAAUGAAGAGGUGAAGAAUGAAAUUGGGUUUCCUACUGAGAAGUGGCGUAGAGCCAGCAACAUUAGCGAUAGCGUGGACUUUAAUGAGAGCUAUGAAACAACGUUGACAUCCGGCGAUGUGAUGCAUCAUGUUGAUGAGCUGCUGUUAGGUGCUUUGAAUGACUUGACGGAGUUAUUGCGAGAAGGUUUCGACUGGGAGCAGUGCGCACGCUGGCUCCGCGCGAUCCGCGAUCGCUUUCCGUCCGCGCCCGACAACGCGCCCUACUGGGAGUGCCGCGCCGCGCUGGAGGAGCGCCGCGGGGACCUGCCCGCCUCCGUGCAGUGCUGGGAGCAGGCCAUCGCCAAGGGAACCGAGCAAUCAGUGGUUGAAGCAAACUUAGACCAGCUGCUGGACAAAUUCAUGCAGCUCAAGAUAAGUCCGAGUUCAGGGCGACGUCAGGUCGAUCCUAAGCUGGUGGACGUGAAGAAUAUCUUUAAGAGUACGAUCAUACGUUUCGCUGUUCAGCAGGCUAAGUUGCGUCAAUCAAACGAACCGCCGAAGUACACCGUGACACCGGUCCGACGCAGUUCGAGGCUCAGUUCGCAUUGGCGCCAGACACCGUUACGUGUGUGCACGACGAUACAUCAGGCGUCAGAACUUGGAGCUGAUUUCAAACCGAAUAAGGCGUUGACAGAGAGCCCUUGACGGAUUAUAUUUACUGUAAUAUAGUAUGUAGCUCUAUAGCCCAAGUUAUGCUGGUCGUUGGUUCUAUAUUGACAUGGGGCUAUAGUGUCCCCACUCCAAACAAAAGCUUAAUAGCUUAACUUAAAUAUUUUUGUCAGUUCGUUUAUUAAACUUACAUCAUGAACAACUCGUUCAUUUCAAGUAUAAUCCGUUCAAAUAAUUCUUGCCUUUUUUCUCAACACUGUCUCUACAUUUUAUUGUAUUUUUUAGCUGAGGCUUGAAAAGUUUAUUUUUUAAAUAAGAUCAUGAAUUCAUACCAAAUAUGUAUAUAUGUAUAAUCCUAACAUUUCUAUAUUAAUAGUAUUAUUUAGUAAUAUAAUAUGACUUUUUAUUUUAGUGUUCACAUGUUCAUUGACCACUUGCUUACAUAUGUGACCUCUUUUGACCCUACCCUCCUUUGUAAUUAAACAAACCUUUUUUUU